AGAAACGACAAUAUUCAAAUUGUUUGAUUUUAUUAAAUGAUAAUUAUUAAAAAAUAUUAGUUGUAUAUAGCCAAUCAUCGAACGAAAAAUCCCCAUGUCAUGUUUUAACAAAUACUUGCACAACGGCGUGGACAUGUCCACUAGCAAGCCCUGGGACCGUCCGUGGUCCAUGGAGGAGAUAAUCGAAAAUUCGGAUAAUUGGAACUUGGCCGGUGAUGUGGCCCUUUUAAACACACUUAAAGCUUUCGCAGACAAUCUUCUAACUCGUACCACUGAAAUUAACAAUAAUUUGCAAAAUUUGACAAGCACCCUGUCUGAGACAAGUCUCCAGUUGGAUAUAGCCCAAAACGAGUUCCAGAGUUUGCGCAAUAGUCAGUUUAUUGAAAGUCGAGUGUAUGAAGACGAUGAGACUCUGGAGGCGACGGGCGAGGCGAAAGCUGAGGAGGAGAAAGAGGUUGAUAAGACUGAGGAGGUUAGAUUGGCGGCUUUGAAGGGGUUAGAGGUCUUGGAGAAGUACUUUGAUCGAGUUGAGGUGUCGGUUAGUGACAGUGAAGACGAUGACAUCGAUUUGCCCAAUUAUGUUCUCAGACCCAAAGAUUUGUACAUUGAUCGCCCCCUUCCGUACGUGAUCGGGUCCGAAGAGUGGCACAGGACGUGGCACGUGGGCCUGGAGGACUCCUCCAGCGGUAGCGAAACUGAGAAAGUUUCGGAUAAUUUCAGUGAAAGCGACUCGGAAUCAGACUUGCCAAUUAUCCCCGAUAGAACACAGAUUAAAGACACUUCGGAGACCAGUUCCGAGCUGGAUUUGCGAACUGAACCGAAAAAUUUCAUCAAUUCGAGUGACAGUGAAAAUUCGGUGGCGGUGCAAGCCGUUGGUAACUUUGCCGAAGAGUUGGCGGCGAAAUUGGGUCACGUGAUCGAUCAGGAGUACGCUGAACCGGAAGUGAACCGACGGCCGAUCCAGACAAAGCCACAAUACGGUAAUAACUUGUUUUUCGAUGAACCGCCGCCUUUGGACGAGCCGAAAGGGCUGUUUUCGGGGGGUAAGGGCUUGUUUGAUGAUGAUGAUGAGGCCACGCCUCCAACCCCCAAACCCGAAUUGAGACAACCCCCGAAAAAAGACCUUUUCGAUGGAGAUGAAAGCGACGAUGAAAUUUUUACGAAAAAAAAUCCGUAUUUGCAAAAACCGGCCAAAAUACCUCUCUUCAGUGACGAACCUCCGGCCUUAGACGAUAAAAAGAAACCGGUGGGCGGAGUUUCGAUUUUCGGAGGCGGUGAUUUGUUCGAUAAGAAGUUGUUGAGGCGACAGCCAAGCUCCGAUGAGGAGCAGGAACCUGAAACGAAAGGGCGGAGCGUCAAUUUGUUUGGGUCUGACGAGGAGGAGUCAAGUGAGAGUGGCUUAUUCAACAAAAUUGAGCCAAAAGUCGAGGAAACACCGAAAAAAAUGUCUUUGUUUGACGACAACGAUGACUUGUUCAAAGACGAUCUCUUUUCGUCAACAGCCCCGAAAAAAUUCACUUCCGGUCUUUUCGACGACGAUUUGUUCGCUACACAACCGGAAACGAAAAAUUCCGCUGACUUAUUUGCCGAUUUGAUGGCAAUUCCCGAUGAUAAAAAUUCGAUAAACGUCGACAGUCGUGAAACGCAAAAAGAGGCGGAGCCUCCGAAACCCAAACCACGCCCAUCCCUGUUCGAACCUGACGAUUUGUUCGCGUCUGAAGCUCCACCCACGCAAACAUCAACACCGCAAAAGGCAUCAAUCCCUGAUGUGCGACUUUUUGAUCCCAACCCGCCCCCUGACGACAAUUGGGACACAACGACGGAUGAGUUUGAGACAACCAAUCAGAUUCAAGAGGAGGAAAGCAACAAAAGUGAUUUGUUUAGCGAAGAACCGCCCCCACUUGUCAUAAAUAAACCUGGGAAACUCAAACAUGAUUUAAAGAUCAACGUUGGGGCCUUAAGACCGGGCGCAUUUCCGCCAAAACAGACAGAUGGCGCUACUAAAUCACCACCGUCAUUUGAUGAGGCUGACAAUGUUACAGUGUUGCCAAGUGUUACUAAAGAUAGGGCCCGACGACCCUUAAAUAGGCGUCCGUCGACGAGAAAAGGCCGAAAAGAAGCUUUAAAAAAAUCAGAAAGUGAUUUUCAACUAGAACAAGAAAAUGACCCAACGUCACGUGACCCCAUAUUUGAGGUUAAGUCAAGCAGAAACGAUUCAAAUUUGCCUCAAGGAAAUUUGAAUCAGUUCGAGGAGCCCCCUGAUGAUGAUUUAUUUGAUACAAAGUCACAAAAGACUGAUAUUCACCCGAAUUUAGAGUCACGUGACACUUUCGUCCAAAUCAAACCGAAUUUGGGUUUAUUUGACGAGCCUCCCGAUGACGAUUUGUUUGCAAACAGUGAUACCAACAUUAUGAAAGAAAGUACGGGUCUAUUUGAUGAGCCCCGUGACGACAUUCUUGACAUAAGACGUGACUCGCCCAAACAAGAUUCUCAUCGAAGUUUUGGCUUGUUUGAUGAGCCCCCCGAUGACUUAUUUGAGGUUAAGAGUGAAACUAAACCAAAGUCAGAUUUGUUUGAAGAGGAAUUUGGCGACUCACGUGACAUUUUUGAAGGAAAUAAGACUAAAUCGGGUUUAGGGUUGUUUGGUGAGCGCUCAGACGAUGAUUUGUUCGGUAGUAGAGGCGAAAGUGAGGUUAAAUCGGACGAGUCACGUGACAUUCCAAAGUCAAGUCAAGUCAAAACCGACAUUUUCGGUGAUGAAGACGAUGAUGAUUUAUUUAACGCAAAAAAAACGCCAAUUCAGGGGAAUAAAGCCAAAAAGUCGUUAUUUGAUGAUGAUGAGGAUGAUGAUGAUAUUUUUAAAAGUUUCACUAGCGCUAGUGUGAAAAGUAGAAUCUGAAACUAAGGUGGCGACGGAGAAAAAAGUUCCUAAAGUGAGUAGCAUAAAAAAAUUAGAGAAUACGAAACCGGACGAUGACCCCUUGUCAGCGCUCUUAAAAUAGUUAAAAUUAUGUCAAACAUUUAUUUUUUGUAAUUAAAUCACACAUGAAAGUCGUAA